AUGGAUGCCUUGUGGGCGGAUCCAGCGGUGAUUGGGGGUGCCGGAGAUAGGGAUGCGCGCGCUGAUAACGGCGGGGAAGGCGGAGAGUACGACGAGGACGACGAGGAGCAGGAGGUGCCGGCGCUGGAGCGACUCGAAGCCGUGUCGCGCCACUCCACCCCGACGCGCUUCUCGCUGACCGCCUCGCCCGAGGUGACUGGCGCGGGCAGGGAAAGGUCCGCUGAGGGCAUUCCCCGACCGCGCACCGGAGGUCCCGGCGCGCGCGGUAUGCACGACGGCGCGCAGGCGCAGAGGGGCGACGGGGCGGUCAAGGUCCAUCCGCGCACCCGCGCACUGCGCGCGUCGCACCACCGCCGCUGGGCGUCGUUCGACGGUUCAAAUGCGCUGAACUGGGACGGGGAAGACAUUUCGCGCGCGCAUUCCGCGGAGAAUUCGGCGCGGUUGCCAUGGGGCGGCGCGGCGGAGCAACAUCUGCCGAGCUCGCUGCUCCCCGACAGCCUGCUCCGCGAGCCCUCCGCCUCCGCGGUCGGCGCAGGUUGCCCAAAGCCCUCCGUGCGCCGCACGCGCACGCGACAGCAACGACAACCGCGGGCGAGCGCGAGCAGCCAGCUGCAGGUGCGGUCUCGAACGGACCGACUGGGCGGCUCGGGUAACCAAUCGGAUGGUGAAGUUGACGGCGGCGGCGCGUUGGCGGGCGAGGGGUCGUCGGACGACGACGAGCUGUUCCGCCCCACGCCGCGGCGCGUGCUGGGCGGCGUGGGAGCGCGGUCCGGCAAGUGGGCUAGCGCGAGAAGCGGGGAGCGCGGGUCCGUGCUGGCGGCGUGGCAGCAGCGCGAGCUGGCGCAGGUGGAGGAGAAACUCCGCCACGCGGGCGAUGGCGGAGAGACGGCGGAGGGCGCACUGGCGGAAGAGAGUCAGAGGCGCGGGGGCGCACAGGAUGGUGCGCUGGCAAGUGAAAUGUUGACACGUGGACGAUCGGAUGAUGCUGAGGUGGAUGCGAGGGAGAAUGGGCUGUGCGGAGGGGGCGAUGAGGGAAGGGGGAGAGGGGAGCACGGGGAAGAAGGGGAUGACGGGGAAGAGGGGGAGGAAAGUGGGGAGGGUAGGGGUGGGGAAGAGGAUGUUGAAGGGCGGGAGGCAGGCGGUGAGAGGUUGGUGGAGGGCGCAGCGGAGCAGGAGGAGGCGGAGGCGGAGAAACAAAAGGGGGGAGACGCGGAGGAGGAGCGAGGGCUGGGGGACAGGGAGGAAUUAGAGGGAAAAGAUACAGGGGGGGGAAGCAGAGUGGACGGGGCGGAGGGGGAGGGGGAAAGCGAGGCGCGCACUGCAGAGGAGCACAAGGCGGAGGAGGGGGAGGAGCACGAGCAGGGCGGGCAUGGGGAGGGCGGGUGGCCCAAGUUCCUGCGGCGCAAUGCAACCGCGCACGCGGGGACCAGCAAGGGGGAGAGCGGGGGGAGCCGGCUGGGGCAGCUGCUGCGCAACGGGACGUUCAAGCGCGCGCAGGGGGAGGGCGAGGAGCGCCACGGCAGCCGCCUGGCACGCGUGGCCACUGCUGUGCGCGCAGGGCUCAAGUCCAGCUCGUCCUUCAAUGCUCGCAAGCACGCGCAGCAACACCCGCCGGAGCAGCGGCAGCAGCAGCAACAGCAACAAGAGCAGCAACAGGAGGGGAAGGGCUUUGAGGGGCUGGCACCACCCAAGCGCGUGCAGUUCCAGAUCUCAGAGCUGGAGUUCGCCACGGACGGCUUUGCACGCGAGAACAUACUGGGACAGGGCGGCUUCGGUACAGUUUAUCGCGGGCUGCUGCCAGUGGCCCCGAGGGAAGAAGUAGCAGUGAAGGUGUUGAAGCAGCUGGGCGUGCAGGCGGACGAGGAGUUCCACAUCGAGCUCGAGCUGCUGUCGCGCCUGGACCACAAGAACCUCGUGCGCCUGCACGGCUUCUGCUCCACCGCCACGCAGCGCAUGCUCGUUUAUGAGUACCUGCCCAACGGCUCCCUCACCGACCACCUCCACGGUAGGUCCUACACUCCUCCCCUCCAUGUGCCCUCCUGCACUUCCCUU